GUACACUUUGUCUGUGACUUGACUGUCAGAGACGAGGUAUACUUUGUUUGUGAUCCAAGUUGUCCAUAGAGUAUAUAAAACAUUAUUCGGUAUUUUCAUUCAAUUCGGUAAAAGUUAACCUGGCAUUACGUGACAAGCAAUUUUCAUUGUUUGUGUGCUAAGAGUUGAGUUGUAAUAGAACUAUUGAAAGAUAAAUCUGAUCAAAAUGGAAUGUUUAAUUGGAAUAAAGUUCAAAGAUUUUGUACUAGUCGCGGCUGAUAUGACUACGGCUCAUUCAAUUAUGGUGAUGAAAAGCGACGAGCAAAAAAUUCAUAAAAUCUCUGACAAACUUGUGAUGGCAGUAUGUGGAGAAUCUGGCGAUACAACACAGUUCUCAGAGUAUAUAGGCAAGAACAUACAGCUUUAUAAAAUGAGAAACGGUUAUGAGCUGUCACCGAAAGCUGCUGCAUGUUUCACUAGGAGAAAUCUAGCUGAUUAUCUCAGGAGUAGAACACCAUACGUUGUUAAUUUACUAAUGGCAGGCUAUGAUGACGAUACAGGACCAGAAUUAUAUUUCAUUGAUUAUUUGGCAUCAUGUGUCAAUGUACCUUAUGCAGCACAUGGUUACGGAGGUUUUUUCUGUCUGUCAAUUUUAGAUAGAUAUCACAAACUAGAUUCAACAGAAGAAGAAGCAUAUAUAAUAAUGAAAAAGUGUGUCAGAGAAAUUCAUAAACGAUUGAUCGUUAAUCUUCCUUCCUUUAAGAUACAGAAGGUAUCUAAGGAAGGUAUAAAAGAUUUGGAUCCAAUCACUGCAAGAAGUUUGUCAAAAGAAGAUGAAGCUAAAGCAUAAGCCAUCUGAUUUAAUUCAUUUUAUUUGUAAUAUUUCUUUACUUCAAGUAAUAAAAAUGAUCACAAUAAACUUUA